CCCCAGAGGUGGUACGUUCCGAUGGAGGUCGGGCGUUCCAGUUUUGGCCGGCGUUCUCUCUAGCUAACCACAAUUUGGCAGGACAGGGUCCGAGAUGCUGCUGCAGCCGCGUGUGCUCCGCCGCGUCCUCCUAGUCCGCCCCUGGAGCGGGGCCGGGCCGCGGUGGAAGCACACUUCGUCCAGGCAGGUGGCCAACGAGCCCAUCUUAGCGUUCACACAGGGCACCCCAGAGCGAGAAGCACUUCAGAAGGCCUUGAAGGACCUGCAGGGCCGGACGGAAACCAUCCCAUGUGUGGUGGGUGACGAGGAGGUGUGGACGUCGGACGUGCAGUACCAGGUGUCGCCCUUUAAUCACGGACACAAGGUCGCCAAGUUCUGUUAUGCAGACAAGGCCCUGCUCAAUAAGGCCAUUGAGGCUGCCUUGGCUGCCAGGAAAGAAUGGGACCUGAAGCCUGUCGCAGACCGAGCCCAGAUCUUCCUCAAGGCAGCAGACUUGCUGAGCGGGCCGCGCAGGGCCGAGGUCCUCGCCAAGACCAUGGUGGGGCAGGGCAAGACGGUGAUUCAAGCAGAGAUAGAUGCCGCGGCUGAGCUCAUCGACUUCUUCCGAUUCAAUGCGCAGUUUGCAGUGGAGCUGGAGGGGGAGCAGCCCAUCAGCUUGCCACCCAGCACCAACCGUGUGGUGUACCGGGGGCUGGAGGGCUUCGUGGCGGCCAUCUCACCUUUCAACUUCACUGCGAUCGGCGGCAACCUGUCAGGGGUUCCGGCCUUGAUGGGCAACGUGGUCUUGUGGAAGCCCAGUGACACUGCCAUGCUGGCCAGCUAUGCUAUCUACCACAUCCUCCGGGAGGCGGGCCUGCCCCCCAACAUCAUCCAGUUUGUACCAGCUGACGGGCCCUUAUUUGGGGACACAGUCACCAGCUCAGAGCACCUCUGCGGCAUCAACUUCACAGGCAGCGUCCCCACCUUCAAACACCUAUGGAAGCAGGUGGCACAGAACCUGGACCGGUAUCGCACCUUCCCGCGGCUGGCCGGAGAGUGCGGCGGAAAGAACUUCCACUUCGUGCAUCGCUCGGCCGACGUGGACAGCGUGGUGAGCGGGACGCUGCGCUCGGCCUUCGAGUACGGGGGCCAGAAGUGCUCCGCCUGCUCCCGCCUGUAUGUGCCCAGCUCGCUGUGGCCGCAGAUCAAAGGGCGGCUGCUGGAGGAGCACAGCAGGAUCAAAGUAGGCGAUCCCACCGAGGACUUUGGGACCUUCUUCUCUGCAGUGAUUGAUGCCAAGUCCUUUGCACGCAUUAAGAAGUGGCUGGAGCACGCCCGCUCCUCCCCCAGCCUCACCAUCCUGGCUGGGGGCAAAUGUGACGACUCUGUGGGCUACUUCGUGGAGCCCUGCAUCGUGGAGAGCAGCGACCCUCAGGAGCUCAUCAUGAAGGAGGAGAUCUUCGGGCCUGUGCUCACCGUGUAUGUCUACCCAGACGACAGGUACAAGGAGACCCUGCAGCUCGUCGACAGCACUACCCGUUACGGCCUCACGGGGGCAGUGUUCGCCCAGGAUAAGGACGUUGUCCAGGAAGCCACAAAGAUGCUGAGGAACGCUGCCGGCAACUUCUUCAUCAACGACAAGUCCACCGGCUCCGUGGUGGGCCAGCAGCCCUUCGGAGGUUCCCGAGCCUCUGGCACCAAUGACAAGCCAGGGGGUCCCCACUACAUCCUGCGCUGGACGUCACCCCAGGCCAUCAAGGAGACCCACAAGCCCCUGGGAGACUGGCGCUACUCGUACAUGCAGUGAGCUCUGCUCAGUGCCACCAUGUCUGCCUGUGUCCAUCCAGAUGACCUUGCUGUACUGACCCUGCCGCACUGACCGCACUCCUGCUCCACGGGCUCCUCGUCGACAGUGCCCCUUGUAGAGCCAUGCUUAACCUCUCCUGCUCUCUGUCCAUCUCCCAGCCCCCCAGUCUCCAGCCUUAGGUGCCCAGGCUCUGGUUUGAGAUCAUGUUGGGGAAGAAAAAGCCGCUGAUCGUUUUUCCCGUCAUCCACCCUGGAACUGCCCUAGUAGCUAGCAGGGCGGCCCGGGUGCUCGGCUGGUUCUCCAUUGGUCUGCUUCCCGCUCUGCCUGCUGGGCCUGGUGGCUCAGAAGCACCUGGGGAAUGGAGGGAGCACCCCUGAGGACCUGUGGGAAAAGAGGCAGCUCCAGGCCUGAGAGUGGCCGGGUCUGCAGGGCACAGCUAGCUCACCUCCUCACCCUCUGUGGUCUGGGCUGCCCCCGCCCGCACUCAGCCUCAGUCCUGCCCGCCUGUGCCCAGCCGUAUGCCUUCGACAUCAUGUGCCUUCUUCCUGGUGCCUGUGUUGCCCCAGGCCCACGGCCAAGGUGUGGGGGAAGGAGGUCCUCCUAGGGUGGCUGCAAUUUGGGAAAUUUUGGAUUACUUCUGAUCUACUGAGCUGUCUUUUAGCUCUCCUGAUCCUGCCUCCAGAGAGGUCUGUCCCCACAGCCCAAGUAAGAGCCAGAUUCCCCUGCAAGGACUCAGCUCAGCCCAGGCUGACACUGCUGGCCCUGUUGCCCUGUCCCAAGCCUUGGCCUGGGCUGAGGAUGAACCUUGGACUCCUCAGCAUGUCAGUGGCUCUGUGUGAUGGGCCCCUCAGUGGCCUGUUCUUUGCCAGAUGCAGCUGAUGACUGACUGACUGGAAACCCCUCGGUGCUUGGGCUCUGUGCUCAGGGUCUGUGCUGUGUGACUUUCCAGGAUGAUGCACAAGGGGCUGAGGGAGUUCCGGUGCCCACACAGCUGAUGUGGGGAUGCCCAAGUGCCUACUUCCUAUCAUGGUGCACAGUCUGGGGUGGGUCUGGUGCCACCUCGGCCAGGAGUGGACUGUUUGCUUCUGGGUUCUGUGUCAUUUCCUGUGGUGGGCUGGGAAGGGGGCGCAGGCUGGAGGUUUUUCUACUGAUCCUGUCUACACUGUGAGGGGGCAGUGGGGAGCACCCAGUGCCACCAAUAAAAUGCCUGUCACCUAUCAAA